AAACUAGCCCAUCAAAUCCCACACACUUCUGGAAGCUCUCUCUCUCUCGUUUCUCUCUUUCUUAAUCGCGAAGAGAAAGGGUUCUCUCCCUAGGGUUUGUUGGAAUCAAAGGCGAAAGCGGGAGAUCCAGGUUUUGAAUUGGUUUGAUUAAUAAGCCUUGAUUUUUCUCUCUCGCUCUAGGUUGUCUGUUUGUAUGUCCGUCACAUUGUGUUCGUGUCGAUGCGUUUAUUUCUAGCUUCGAUUUCGAUCUAUCUAGGGUUUGCGAUUUCAUGGGGUUUUUUUUUGCUCAAAGGAGCUUAUUAGGUUUUUGAGUGAGUAUUUUGUAUUGUUUCUCAAAUAAAGUUCUUUAAUUUCUUAAAAUUCUCUUUUUGUUUGAAUUCUAGAGAGAGAGAGAUAAUAAGAUUGGGUUCUUAGCUUCUUUUUUUAAUUUUUGUUUUUGGGUUUUUGGAGGGGUAUCAGAUCAGAUCAGUGUCGGUUUUGAAGCUCAUUUGUUGAAGAUUUACUUCAGAUGAAUUUAGGUUUGGGGACACAUGCAAUUAGUGUGUGAUUUGAUGAGGAUCUGUUAUUGCUGCUCAUAAAUAAAGGAGGACUACUGUAAAUUAUAGUGGAAAACUUGAAACUUUCAGUACAAUUGCGAGAAAAAGGACAUAAAACAAGAGUAAUUAUUUAUUUAUUAAACCUGAUUCCUUGAAGUUAAAAGAAAUUGAAUAAAUGUGUGUGGUAGAGGAAUUGUGAACUGGAAGCGGAUCAUUGGCAUGGAUUUUUUGAAAUUGAAUUCAGAGGAAACAUAAGAAGUUAAACAGCUGAAGUUGAUGAUAUGUGCAGUUAUUGGAAGAUAAUCCUAUGGCACCGACUGUUCCUAUAGAGUUUAUUGGACGGAAGGAAUCAAAAAAGUGUUGGCUUUCACAACCAAUGGGGAAAUCAAAGAAGUUCUCUAAAGGGCACUCCUCUGGUUUUGUUCCAGAUUUUCGACAUGCUGUUCAUACCAUGGCUGAAUCAGAAGGGUUUGGGAGCUCUGGACGUGUUGACACUGAGAUGACAGCAUCUGAGAUGACAGCAUCGGAAGAUUCAUGUGCUCCCAAGAGAAAAUGCAUUAGUUUGAAUAUGGAUUGUUAUGAUACUUUUGGUGUACCAUCACAAGUCUUGUCACUAUCAAAGAUGUCAAGGCCAGAGAGGAAGGAUUUGGAAAUGAGGUUGAAAAAGGAACUUGAACAGGUCAGAAUCCUGCAGAGGAAAGUGGCUUCUCUGAGUUCAAAUACAGUUUUAUUAUCGCCUUCUAGUGAUAUCAGGAGUUGCAGUGAUGGCCAAAAGAGGCCUCCACUAGAAGGUCUCCAUAGUUCAUUUGAAGUACCAGCUCCACAGAGUAAGAAACGGGCUCAUCCUGAUCGAAAUAGAGGCCACACAAAAAAGGGUACAUCAGCACGUUCUGAGCCAGUGAAGCCAGCUGCUCCACUGGGUAUUUCGACUGCUAUGUUGAUGAAACAGUGUGAGGCAUUACUAAAUCGUUUGAUGGCACAUCAGUUCGGUUGGAUUUUCAACACUCCUGUUGAUGUGGUGAAAUUGAACAUACCGGACUAUUUUACUAUCAUUAAACAUCCAAUGGAUUUGGGUACAGUGAAGGGCAAGAUUGUUUCUGGUGAAUAUUUGAGUCCACUGGGAUUUGCUGCAGAUGUGCGACUUACUUUCUCAAAUGCAAUGAAGUAUAACCCUCCUGGAAAUGAUGUCCAUUCCAUGGCUGAGACCCUCAGUAAAUACUUUGAAGUUAGAUGGAAAGUUAUAGAGAAAAAGCUUCCUGUUACCACUGGCGUGGAAUCAAUGCCAUCAAGAACUGAUGUGCACAUAGAAAGGGAAACAACUGUUCAUAUAGAAAGGGAAACAACUACUAGUGCUCCUCCUUUGAAAAAGAAGAAAAUUACACCGAGUGACAAUAAGGUUAAGCCAGAACCUGUCAGGCGGGUCAUGUCUAAUGGGGAGAAGCAGAAGUUGAGCAUGGAGUUGGAGGCAUUGCUGGGUGAAUUGCCUGAAAGCAUUAUUGAAUUCCUAAAAGAGCAUAGUGGUAAUGCUGGCCAGACUGGUGAGGAUGAGAUUGAGAUUGAUAUUGAUGCUCUUGGUGAUGAUACAUUGUUUAACUUACGGAAACUCUUGGAUAAUUAUAUAUUGGAGAAACAGAAAAACCAGUCAAAAGCUGAACCAUGUGAAAUGGAGAUUAUUAACGAGCCAGGGAUUAGCAAUUCAUCAUUGCUACCAUGCAAAGGAAAUGAUACUGUUGAAGAAGAUAUAGAUAUUGUUGGUGGAAAUGAUCCUCCUAUUUCAAGUUACCCUCCAAUAAAGAUAGAAAAAGAUGAAGCCAAUAAGAACAGUAAACGUAGCAGUCCUAGUUGCUCCAAUAGUGAAUCAGGCUCAUCUUCAAGUGAUUCAGAUUCUGGCAGUGAAUCUGGCGGUGAAUCUGUCGCAGUGAAAGUGUCUGGUUCCAUUAAUGCUACUAAGAGCAAAAUGGAACCUGGAGAAAAUGCAGACCAAAAGAGAAGUGAUCCUGAUGAUUCAGAUGUUGGAAAUCAAUCUGUAGAUGGAUUGGACCAAGUUGAGCUGGAUACUGAGGGUAAGCCAGUUGCAGCUGAGAUAGAUGGCCACCAAGAGGGGGAGAGUGCUCCAUCCAAGAGGCAAGUCUCUCCCGAAAAGCUCUAUCGUGCAGCUUUGUUGAGGAACCGUUUUGCCGACACCAUACUUAAAGCUCGAGAAAAAGCACUUGAAAAGGGUGAAAAGUGUGAUCCCGAGAAAUUGCGGAAGGAGAAGGAGGAAUUUGAAAGAAGGCAAAAGGAAGAAAAGGCUCGGUUGCAGGCAGAAGCCAAGGCUGCUGAAGAGGCUAGAAGGAAAGCUGAAGCUGAAGCUGCUGCUGAAGCGAAAAGGAAGAGGGAACUGCAAAGAGAAGCUGCCCGUCAGGCAUUGUCAGAGAUGGAAAAGACUGUUGAUAUCAACGAGAACAGUCAUUUCAUGGAAGACUUAGAAAUGCUUAGGACGAUCCAUGAUGAACAGCUUCCAAGUUUCAUAGAGGAAACAAGCCCAGAUCUUUCUCAAAAUUGCUUGGGUAGUUUCAAGCUUCAGGGAAGUAGUAACCCACUGGAGCAACUAGGAUUAUACAUGAAGGAAGACGAUGAUGAGGAAGAGGAAGUAGUUGAACCACCACCUCCUAGUGUACCAGAGCGAGCAAAAGAUGUUGAGGAAGGAGAAAUUGAUUGAUCAGGUCUUUGCUUUGAUUAUUUCUGCAUUCAAAGAACUAUGGGCACGCAUAAUCUUCUGUAUCCACUGUGAUAUAUCUCAGCAGCAGACAAGCCUAUGACAAGGAUUACUCUUCACCUACUUGAAAGAAUGAGCCGCAGACUCUCUGGGGAAACAUGAUAAGCAGUUGUUAAUUGGGUUUUGUUUUUUUUGGCCUUGUUCGUAUUUACUGGUUUGGAGUGCGGUUUCAAAACAUGGUAAACAACAUUUUGUCAGUGUUAGCAUAUGGCGACUUGUGGGUUGCCAGUGAAAGAGUUACCGGGGCUUGAGGUUUUGUUUAUUCAAUUUUAUAGUUUUGUAAAAAAAGAAACUCUAGUUUGUACGGGUUAGUGAAACCUUGGGUUACAUGGCAUUAGGUUCUGUGGGUUGUAGGGGGAUGCGUGGGCGGGGGGAAAGCAAGCUCGGAAGCUUAGGCAGGAGGUAAGUUAACCUAAUUGUAAUAUAGUCAAAGCUGAGGCACCUUUUAAUGGCAUUCAUUUCAUUUCUUCUUUCUCAA